UUAUGAUUAUUAUUACUUUUUUUCUCAUCUCUAUCCUCGUCAUCUCCCUCUUCCUUUAUGUGAGAGCAUAUGUUACUGUUCAAAGAACAUUGAACUAUACAUUCACCAAGUACUAACCAACCCGUCUAUAUAUAAGGCCAAAAGUCCAACACGUACCAUAAACUUAGUGACUAAGAUCAGUCUCACUGAAAGACUCCAUCAAUGGCCGUAGUUCAUGGCAGUUGGGUCAAGCUUGAUCAAAGAGGAACCGGGCAAGGAGCGAGAAGCUCACAUGCUAUAGCCAUAGUAGCACAGAAAGUGUAUGCAUUUGGUGGCGAAUUCGUGCCACGUGUCCCCGUCGAUAACAACGUCCACGUGUUCGACCUAGAGACUUUGACGUGGUCCGUGACCGAUGCAUCAGGGGAUAUCCCACCGCCACGUGUCGGUGUCACAAUGGCCGCAGUGGGGGAAACCAUUUAUGUAUUUGGUGGAAGGGAUAGUGAGCACAAAGAGCUCAAUGAGCUCUAUUCCUUUGACACAAGGGCCAACAAAUGGGCCUUGAUUUCAAGUGGCCCUGUUGGGCCUCCCCAUCGGAGCUAUCACUCUACGGCCGCCGAUGACCGAUACGUGUAUGUCUUUGGCGGCUGUGGAUUUGAGGGGAGGCUCAAUGACUUAUGGGCCUUUGAUGUUUUGGACAAGAAGUGGGUGGAGUUUCCUUCUCCGGGUGAGAAUUGUAAGGGGAGAGGUGGGCCGGGCUUGGCUGUGGCCCAAGGGAAAAUAUGGGUUGUGUAUGGGUUUGCUGGAGAGGAAAUGGAUGAUGUUCAUUGCUUUGAUCCAGCCCAUGGGACUUGGGCCCAAGUUGAGACAAGUGGGCAGAAGCCCACGGCCCGGAGUGUGUUUUGCAUUUUUAGUAAUGGGAAGUAUUUAAUUGUGUAUGGUGGGGAAAUUGACCCAAGUGACCAAGGUCACUUGGGUGCUGGGCAAUUUUCUGGUGAGGUUUAUGCAUUGGACACUGAGACACUAUCAUGGGAGAGGUUGGAGGAUAAGGUGGACUCCGGUGGCCAUCCCGGGCCACGAGGGUGGUGUGCUUUCGCCGGAGCUCGGCGUGGCGGCCAAGAAGGGUUGUUGGUGUAUGGUGGCAACUCUCCUAGUAAUGAUAGGCUUGAUGACAUUUUCUUCCUUGCUCUUUCCCAAGAGUUGGCAAAUUAGUUGGUGAAUGUUGUGAUAAGGUUGCAUAAUAAUGUAUGGUGAUUUCUAAAUGUAUAUGUGAUCCUUGUGAGAGGGCAAUGGCAUGAGAACUAAGGAGUCUUUGGUAGUUAAUGUAGUUAGCUUGUGAAUGUGCUUGUGUUGUGGAACAAAGUUGCAAGUGUCUGAUUAAUUUGGCAAUUAGAUGAUAUGAUGUAUUUGAAAUAUAUUCUUGAUCCUGGUUGGGGACAAUGGAAUCUUUGCGUAGCUUAUGAAUGUACUUGUGCUUUUGUGAAAGAAUAAAUUAGCAAGUGUGAGUCAAUUCUCAAAUGAUGA